AUGUUGCCCAGGCUGGUUGCGAACUCCUGAGCUCAGGCAAUCCUCUCUCCUCGGCCUCUCAAAGUGCCGGGAUUACAGGCGAGCCACCAUGCCCAGUGGCGGGUUUCUUAAUCACCGGUGCUGGAUAGUCAUUACAUUUCCUGAGUGAGUAAGCAUGGAUAUAUAGCUCCACCAUUCACUCCAGUUUUUGUUUUGUUUUUUAUGAAAGUCAGUUUGUACAAGUUCCCUCCCUUCUGUAUGGCAUCAUGUACUUGAGCUGCAGGGAAUCAUGCAUUUCUUACAGUUAUCUGCAUAAGUGUGUGAGAGACUGUGUGUGUAUGAGACAGUAUGUGUGUGUGAAUGUGUAUGCAUAUGUGUUUAGACACAUGCAUUUUCAAAAGGAGACUGGUGGUGACUGUGAAUAUGCCCUCUGCUGAUGCAUCCACAGUUUCGGGAAGUAGGACCUGGCUGAACACACUUGCAGAGAGCCUCACUGGGGGUCUUUCCUGGCUGCUGUCUUGUCUGCUGAUGGAGAGGUGUCUGGCUUCGGGCCCUGACCUUGAUGAGAGCUCUUGGAACAUGCUGAAGGCCUGGAACAUCAUCCCCCAAUUCCACUGUUGCCAGUUCUCAGCCAACCCUGCAGUUGCCUUUUCAGCCCGUGUCAUGGUGGUUAUUCUGGUGUCAGUCUCUUUACUGGAGGACAAGCACCUCAAGGGCAUGGAGCGAGUCUGUCUUGUUUGCUGCUGCAGCCCCAACACAAAGUCUGAUGCCUUGCUCUGCCCCUGCUCCUGGAAGGCCUGGCUAAGGCAGUUUCCCUGUCUCUUCCCGUUUCAAGGGCACCCAUCCAUCAGGUUCUUCGAGGAAGAAACCACGCAUCUCAGGCCUAUCUUCUCUCCAUCAGUCCCCGAACCUCCCAUUCCUUGGCCCCUGUGUCUGAGUAUUGAUCACCCCCACCUGGAACCCAUGGCUGCACAUCACCAAACUGAGCCCAUGCUUUUGUUGAUUCAAAUGUGAUGACUGUGCAGUGGUACUGCUUACUGAGGUCUGCUGUCUACAGGCUCUCACACAGGAUUGUCUGUAAAUUUAUCAGAACACUUCCAAGAAGGCAUUACUGUCCCCAUUCUACAGACAAGGAAACUGGCACUUGGCGAGGUAGGGAACUUGCGCAAUACCCUGCGGUGAGCAGAGUCUGUCUGGCCCCAGAGCUGAUUCUGUCUCAGCUACUGAAAGCAGCUCAUAUAGCAAGGCACGCACGACGGCAGGGUUCUCCUUGUCCUAGUGUUUCCCGCUUCUCAGGAGUCCUGUGGGGUGGGUGUCUACAACGUGUGCAUUUUAGGAGUGUCCC